UAUUCGUAUGUACAUGGUUUACGAACCUGCUAUCCGAGCUGCUCGAGAAAUCAUGCAAGUCUAAAUGUCCCCCAGAUCUUCGCGACCUACUUUCCCGCGAUUCGGUACCGUAACAAGAAAACGAGCCUGGUGAGAUAGAACGUUCGAAGUGACGUAACGUGGUAAAUGGUUAAUCGAGUUUCCCUUAAUAUCGCCGGAAGAGGUACACGUUUUUAGUUUGUAUUUCGAACAACUUUUGGUUGAAAUUUGAAUGGACUGUGCCGAUAACGGAUAUCGGUCGAACGCAACGCGGAAAGGUGUAUGCGCGAUCAAAGUCUCGGAAAGUUGGAGAGCCGUAGUCGGAGCAGAUGGAGCUAUUCGAGCGAGCCGAAGGGAUGGUAGACAAGAGGAACGGAAGUUGCGAGAUGUGGACCGAUGGCCAUGUACGAUAUAAUAGAACCGUGCAGGCUUUUCCGCGAGUGGAAGAGGGAAGAGGACUGAAGCCGCGACAGCAGAUAAACGAGAGCCAGCGUUCGUUCGGGAUGUUGGUCAGGAGAAGUAUGUCGGCCGACGUGAGGGCGGGACGCCCAACGAUGCCGACGAUUCCGCAGACAAGGAGAACGAUUUUAGUGUAUCCAACAGUGACUCCGGAGAGCAUCAUCAUUCCGAUAGUAUCGUGCAUUCUCGGUUUCCCAUUAUUGGCAUUGAUGGUCAUCUGUUGCUUAAGAAGAAGAGCGAAGCUCGCAAGAGAACGAGCCAGAAGAAGAAAUUGUGAUUUGGAUCACGGUGCCCUCAGUCUCGUUCGUUUCAGCCCUGUUCAUCGUUUAGGUGAGUUUCAUCGAAAAAUUCGGCCGUCCUCCGUACUCUUAUCCUUUAAAUCUACUUUCCACUUCCGUUCUUCAACGCGUCACGAAGGCACACUGACACUUGGAUUUAACGAAAAAUGGAUGCACUUCUUCGGUACUCGUUGUCCACUGUAUUUAAUCCGCGUUAGAAAAAUGUUGAGAGGAGUUUCUCGGCAGAUUUCUUUCUAUUGCAUUCAGCAAAUAUUAAAAGGCUCGUUUCGUUCUUCCGUUGAAAAAGAUAGAGUUCAUCGCGGUGCAGUGCUAUUGUUAAAUUCGUAAUUAAAUCGUACGGAUCUUUAAGUGAAAUGUUUUCAUGUGCGCACACAUCAUAUAACGAAAAUGGAACGAGGUCACGGAACAUUUGUAUUUUAGAACCGCCCUCCUCCAGCCAGCCUCUUUACAGCUAUAUCGUAGCUUCCGUGGUCGCUUUUCUACCUAGAAACAUCGAAUGCACGCGCACACCUAUACAGUCCUUGCACUGUAGCAAAUGAAACAUACAUUUACGCUUACGUUUUCAAACUCACUGAGAACAGACAUCGAUAUACAGAGUGUCACACAUCUAACUUUUAUUCAACGAAUAACUGUUAAUAAACAGUUGUUUCCCUUUUACUUGGUAUCUAAGUAAUUUCAUCUAGGUAAGAAUUUACCAAUUUCUGGCAUGAUGCACUGCUGGUUAAGGACGGUACUAUAUAGAGAAACUGUGUACAGCGAGCCUAGAUUUACGGGCCAUGAAACUUGACGAAUAGCGUCCCUUUGGUCGGUGGUAAAUUCUAGUAUCGAUGUGCAUUUGUACUCCGAAAAUUAAUCAAUUUCGCUGGAAAAGUGUACAAACUGAAAUAUACAAUAUAUCCAUUAUUUUAUCAUCCCGUCAAGCGCAGCGCCUAAAGAGGAUUUAGGUAAAACUUUUUAUCAGUUUGAUUAUUGCCUGAUUUCGUCUCUAGAGACGUUAGGAGUUUAUCGUAAUCGCUGCGGUUCUUUAAUGCGCAAUUACUCGCUGUUGCCGCUUAUGCCGUAUAGCUGAAAUACAAUUUUAUUCAAGUUUCGUCGAAAGCUGAUAAAGACGCGCCAUUUGAAUGCGUGAAAUGAAUUAACAAGGAUGAGAAGAAUUUGUCGCAGUACCGCAAAAUUUUGGGUAUUUGUAAGCUGUGCAGAAACGCAUUUAUGAGACAUUUCCUCGCUGGUAUAUAGCCUCGCCACAGAUAUUUAAGUAUUAUAAUUUUACGCCAAACGUAUCGUGAAACUUUGCUAUAUCUUGAUAUGGCUCUCGAUGCGGAAGCAUGAAUACAUUAUUUAAUAAUUCGUAAUUCGCAUGUAACCGAUCUUCGAGCACUUGUUCUGUAAACGUAGCGUAGCGAUGCAUUGAAACGGAUCUUGCAUACAACAACUGUAUUUUAACGAUUAUCCGAUUGAAGGAUAAAAUUUGAAACGCGUAAUGAUAUCAUUAGAAUGCAUUUAGUCGAUCACACUAUUCUAUUGCACACUUUGAUUCGCAGACUUGCUAGUGGACAUUUAUCGAACGGAACGCUUAUUACUCGAUUUUCUUUGAAGUAAUUAGACGUUAGUUUCGUGGUGUAAUCAAAUUUUGUUUGUCUGCAACAGCUGGGAUCGAUCGUUCGACGAGAGCGGUAUCAUUCCGGAGCGAUCGAGGAUCUAGAGCCUUCUCAUCGCUGGAUCUAGACACCGUGGUUGAAGAGAGGUCGGAUCCUGAACAGAGCACCGCACUGGAACUCAGUAGUCCAGAU